GAAGUGCGUCAUGAGCGAAGAGUUUUUGCUUAAGUGGAACAACCACCAGACGAAUUUUGUAGAUGUGUUCAACGAACUCCUCAGUGAUGAAUCGUUUGUGGACGUGACACUGGUGUGCGGGGGAGAGGCAGUGCCAGGCCAUAAGAUGGUGCUGGCGGCCUGCUCCCCCUUGUUGCAUCGCAUCCUCCGGGACAACCCAUGCAAACACCCGCUGGUCAUCCUCGGCGAUGUGCCUGCUAGAGACAUGAGGGCAAUGAUGAAAUUUAUCUAUCAGGGUGAGGUCAGUGUGUCUCAGAGUGAACUAGCUAGUUUUCUAAAAACUGCAGACAACCUUCAGAUAAAAGGAUUGGCAGAGGACAAGGAGAAAGAAAAAGAAGAGAAAAAAAGAAAAGACAAAGACAGUGAUCGAUUAGAUGGUCGGCAAAGCAACAAGAGACAGCGGAUGUUGGAAUCCAGAACUACAGACAACUCCUCCCCUUUACCCAUACGCUCACAUAAGUUAUUCAAUGAUUCUCAUUCUUCUAGUCACAGAAGCCGGAGCAGAGCCUCCAUGGACGAUCAGCCGCUCAAAAGUGGUGGGAGAGGAGAAGGCUUGCAUGCUCCGGCCUCUAAACAUAACUCGUCAAAGAAUUCCAGCUCAAAAAUCUCUCAUGACAUUCCUUCUAAAGUCUCGAAGCCAUCUGAGGAGAAUGACAUUCGGCAUGUUGGUUCUAAUAAUGGCGUAGGUGAUAAUGUUUCACCUAAAGAGGAAAGUGUAGAUGAACUAACAGUUAAAACAGAGCCAUUAGACUACCCUGGAGAGAUGGUGUGGACAGAAGGUCAUGGCACCAUCAACAGUGAUACCCUGGAUGAUGCUCAAGGACUGCUCCCUCUCGAUGCAUUACCUGGAGCAUUAGAGGGAGUGGCAGCUGCCAUUGUUGCCUCGCCCAACCUACCCAUCAUUGAGUUUGGUGAAGACAGUCGAAAUGAUGAUGGAAGUCGUGGAGACAUGUCAACGGCAUCAGAUGACAUAAACGCCAACACUACAGGGGGUGACUGGGUGCAGGGUAGAACCUACCAUUCUCUCGACCAGGGUGACUUGGUGCAGGGUAGACUAGCCCAGGGUUGUGUUGGAGACAAUGGGGUGGUGCAUCCAUCCAGUCAGGGCCAUCCAGCACUGCCUUUACCACCACCUCCACAUCCUUCUACUCCAAUUUCCCAGCACCAACAGCCGCAGCUGCCUCUACACUCGUCAAGCCAGCGAGGUGUUCUAGGAUUCCCUGGUAUUGCUGUGGUUCCGUCCUUCCAUAGUGCUACCACCACCACCACUACCACCACAUCACAGAGUAGAACCACUGGAGCUACCUCAUCACCCCCAACAACGACAGCAUCAAACUUCACCACCACUAUUACAACGAGCAAUAACAACAGCAUGCAUAAGUGUUAUCAGUGCCCUUUCGUCACUUCAAAUCCUUAUACAUACACUCGACACUUACGCAUUCACUUAGGCACCAAGGAGUUCCGUUGCCGUGUGUGUGGCUUUGCCUCUUCACGCAAAGACUCCCUCAUUCGCCACUUCCGCAUGAAACACUUGACAGGAGAGAUGGCAAUGUAUCAUGAUCUAGAUUCCCGAGACAUUGAAGAGUUGGCAUUGAUCAAAGGUAUUCCUGAGGGCCUAAAGCUGUUGCCUGGUAAAUUUUAGAGAAUGGUAUCAGGACUUGCUGCUGUGAUCCAGGGUUUAUUACAUCUUCCAGAUACCUGUUCAUUUUUUGUUUUGAAUUACAGUAUACUUGUGCAAGUAUCUGGUGGAUACUUUGAAUACUUCUUUCAGAUAUGCUUAUGAAACACUGACUUAACCUAGUAUUUAUUUUCUUUGCUCGUUUUUCUCAGGUAUUAUGUAAAAAAAAAUGAAAUCAAAGAAAUUACCACUAAAGAAUGAAGUACUGGUGCUCUUUGCUGUGGAUUCUGGCUAAACGCUAAAAUAAGACCAGCAGCAUUAUUACAGUUUAGUGUGUUAAUUAGAUGUUUUAGUUCAUCAUAUCUUAGCAGAGGAAUGUAAGAUAUCCUGAGUAAAGUGGAUUGAUUUUAUAUUAAAAGCUCUUCAGUUAUAUUUUUACUAGAAUUUUAUUUUGCACUCAGAAAAUCAAAUCAUUGAAGUAUUUGGUCUAUAGUAUUUAUUUCCUUUAAGUACAUUUUGCAGUGUUAUGUCCCAUUAGGUAAUAUUUUUAUAGCUCAUGAAGACAAAAUGGUCUUACUACUUUAGUCCUGUUAGUUCAUGCAUCAGUUCCUAUUAUUGUAGUCCAUACAUAGCAGAUCAACACUCAUUGUGCACCAGUGGAAAAAGAGACAUAAAUCUGUGACUUGAUAAAGCCCACUGUGAAGGCAGAACUUCACCAGUAAAGGAUCGAUUUAUAACCACACUUGUCUCUUUUUCCAUCAUGUCGGUAAUGUAUACCACUUCUGUCACUCGUACACCAUUUGCUUUUCCCUGCUGAUCAUUUGGAAUUUUUGGUCGCAUUUCAUCUGUCAUUCACUCUUAUGAUAAAUAUUGUAAUUUUAGAAGUCCAUUCUGGAGUUGGUUGCUGAGUGGAAUCUUGCUGUUGGUAGUAAAACCUUAUUUAUGAUGGCAUUAUACAAAUACAGUACAAGAAUACAAAAUUUAUUUCCCCAAAAAUACAAAAUAUUGCUGCAGUUUUGGGAAUCACAUUUCUAUCUAGUACCUGUAUAAUUAUUUUUUUAGACUUUGGUAUGCAAAGCAUUAUGAGCAGACUAAAACUAGAACAGUACUUACAACUACUUAAUACUAGUACAGGUAUGGAGAUAAUGACGAAUAAAUGUAAUAGUAAUUUUAAGAAACGAUUCUAUAUAUACAUGUACAGCUUCUGUGUAAGUGGUGAGGUAUCUGUUGACUAAGCUUGUGGUAAAAGAUAAGUUAAACAUAAACAUUUAUGUUCAUUACAUAUAAAAUAUAUUAAAUCACUUCAAAUCAAAUAUUACAAGUUAUGGAAAUGGCUUGACAGUGUUUUUGAAGGUAUUGGGAGAUGACAAGGAUUUUGAGCCUUCAGGUGGGUUGUUCCAAAUUUUGGAUCCUUUGAUUGCAUGAAGUAUUUACUGAAGUUCAGUUGUACACAUGGAAUAUCAGAGAGCUUAAUUUGUUGUGUUGUGCUUGUAUGUUCUGUUGCAGCUCUCCAAAAAUUGUUUUAGCUCAGGGUUACUAUAUGUAUUGAGUGUUCGGUAUAUGUAAUAUGUACAGUAGGAUGUUUGGAUACAGUACAUAGGUUCCAAUCUUUGACUAGGAGCGAGUGUUGUCUUGAGUCAGUUGUAGUGAUUAUUCGAAUAGCCAAUUUUUGUUGGGUUAUGAUUGGUUUUAAAUGAUUUUCUGUUGUGUGUGCAUAUACUAUAGAUGAAGUAAGGUAGAUUAAAGAGUAGUAUAGAAUUAAGUAGUGUUGGUUGCAGUACAUAGUAGUGUACCCUGGAAUGCAUGCCUAAUGUUUAGCUAUGUCUUAAAAGUGUUCAUUGAAUUUGUUUGCUGUCUAGUUGAAUACCCAAAAAAUUUCCCUGCAUCUUGUCUUUGAAUAUGAAUAUUUAGCUUUACAUUUAGUUGAAUUACUAAAUGUAAAAAAAAAAAAAAAACUUUCAUUUCUUCUUUUUUUUGAGUCACCCUGCCUUGGUGGGAGAAGGCUGGUGUAUUGAAAAAAAAUUUUAGUUGAACAUUUUUAGCUUUAUUCCCGAACACUCUGUGCUAAGUCUUACCAGUAUCGAUUGUUAAUUUAUUUGUCACCAUCCAAGCUGAUAAUAUUUCUAAUUUAACAAUUAUAAUGUUGACUAAGGUUUUUUUUUUUCUGACACUCUAAACCCUAAAAUAAUAUUUCAUCAGAGCUCAUAAAUCUUACAAUUUGAUUAUAGGUAAAUGAGAAAUAUAUUGUAGGAGUUGCUUUGCAGUGAGGAGUAUUGCAUCCACAUAUGAGGCUUCCUCAUUCUCCUCUGCCUUCUAAUCCUCCUCUGCUACCUCCUUCCUCAUUUUUCCCUAUUCCUAAUAUUAUUCCUCUGGUUCUCCUUUUUUGCAUCUAUUUUCUCCACCUUCCUCUCAACUUCACCUUUUUUCCUCUUCCCACCUCUUUCUCCCACCACCUCCACCUUUAUCUCCAAAGCACUCAUCAGUGAUUAUUUUAUUUUGUAGACAGUAAAUCCAAAAUAUUUGCACAAUACUUUAGCAAUGCAGUUUGUUCUCCUGCACAUGAAGUGAUGUGGGUGUAGCUGUUAUUUGUGAAAUUUGAUAAAUACUUUUGCAUCACAUUGCUGGCAAUAUGCAUAUAGAAAUAUUGAUGUA